UUCCAUAAACCUCGUUUAUUUUAGUAGGAGCAGUCUUGGGUGCAUUGUACAGUCUCUCAUGGCUUUAGCUGGAACAGGGACGAGCUUGAGCAGGAAGUGUAGCUCAACAAACUGCGCAUGUUCACUCAAAGCCUCUCGCUAUGUAAGGAUGACACCGAGCGCGAUCUAAACGCAGGACUGUCAUACUCCUCAGUGUUGAAGGAGAGCACGGGCUAUGGCAGAGACAGAAGUCACUGUGUCUGUGGAGGACAUGGUGGUGGUGAAGAGCACUGAGGAAGAGGAUAUAGAUCCUGACAACCAAAGCAAGACUCAGAUGAUCCUGCAGCUGCAACCCAUCACAGCUGGGCUUGGAGAGGAAAGCAGUGAGGCGGAUGCUGCAGUUGUGGCAGUGGAGACACAAGAUGAGGCAUCUGUUGAAGGAGAGGAUUUGGAGCUCGGUUAUCCCAUUACAUGCGGCGAGAGUAAAGCCAUCCUCCUAUUCAAGAAGUUUGUCUGCCCAGGAAUCAAUGUCAAAUGUGUGAAGUAUGAGGAUCAGUUGAUUAGUCCAAAGCAGUUUGUGCACAUGUCGGGUAAAGCCACCUUGAAGGACUGGAAGCGAGCGAUCCGGAUGGGUGGGGUUAUGCUCAGGAAGAUGAUGGACUCGGGUCAGCUGGAUUUCUAUCAGCACAGCACUCUCUGCACAAACACCUGCCGCAGCACCAAAUUCGACCUGCUGAUCAACAACACACGCUUCCCACCGGACGGCAGUGGGCUCAGCACACCCACCACAGCUCAGGGGCAUGUUUCUGUGGGUAACGGAGGUCAGAUGGCCACAGCAGAGGAGAAGAAAGAUGAUGUUAUUGGUACGGUUGAGUGGAGCACAGCCACGGUAGAAACCCCAGAGAAAAGAGACUCAGCCGAGAUCUCAGAUGAGACGCUGAGUUUCUGGAGGGGUAUUGCUGAGGUGGGGCUGAUGGGGGAGGUGGUGUCCAAUAUCCGCUCAGAGCUGUUGAGUCUGCUGAGAGGAGUUCAGCUACGCACUGAUCAGAGCUCUCUACAGGACGCAGAGAUUGCAGUUCUGAGUAACCUGGCACAAGUGUUUGACCUGCUGGACUCCAUCAAACAAAUUCUAAAUGUUCGACGGCAAAUGACAGACCCGGAGCAGACGCAGGUCCUCAGAACACUGACAACACUUGAACAGCAAGUAGAGGAGCAGAAGCGGCAGCAGUCGCUCAGCUGGUUGUCUCAAUCGCAGGCCCUCAGCAGUCUGGUUCUCCCCUCCACCCCUCCAGCCAAACGCGCUCCCAAACGCCCCCGCCUCCAGCGGCCCGCCUCCACCACCGUGCUCAGCACAUCCAUAGCCCAGCCUCUCACCCUCCAGCCCCAGCAGUUCACCGUACUCUCCCCGAUCACACUCUCCUCCAUCGGCCAGUCGUUCGCAGUGGCCGGCCUUAGUCAACCAUCCAAUACGGUCACCCUACACGCCCUGCCAGCCGGCUCACAGCUCUUCACGAGAAUCGCAACAGGUUCGGAUGGCAAAACCGAAGCCAUCGCGCUCCAUCCUGCAUCUGGGCUCACGCUACUGGGCGCCACAGCCAUGCAGGACCACGGACAGCUUGGAACAGUCAUGAGCCCCGUCGAGUUAGUCCAGCUGACGCAGAAGGCGACUGCUGCCGGCGUAGCUCAGGACGGUCAGAUGGUCGCAGGUACGGUUGUGAUGCAAGAGGGCGUCGUCAGUGUCGUACAGGAGGACGAGAACCAGGACAGCACUACCCUGAUCGAAAUAGACCCGGCCGCCGCUGACCACAGCGUGAGCGUCAUGGAGCUGCAGCUCGAGGGCGACGAAGCGGGGGGCGGCGCGACCGUGGUGGAAGGAGGCGAGGAGGUGGUGCAAGGCGAAACGGAGGAGACAGGAGAGAUACAGCUGGAUGCCAAUGGUCAGUUCCACAAUUUGCCCGUUGUAGUGGUGGAGGAAGAGACACAGGACGCCGGCAAAGCCAAAUGAGACACCGACACGCUCACACAAACCGCCCUCAGAGACUGACGGACCGAAUCAGACAGGGAUGGGGAUUGUGUCGCCCCAGGUGGAGUGUGUGUUUGCCCUUCCAGCUGUCUCGUUUUCGUUACUCACUUCCUUCACAGCCAAGCUCA